AAGUGAAGCUGGUGAGGCUGAAGUUUUUGUGGAUUAAAGUUUGAAACAGGGAAGACUCAGAGUUAGGGACUGACUCGACUUCUCAGACUGCUGAAAGUGAGAGCAAAGCUGCUCAAACAGCCUUCAGAAAGGACAGUGUAGUGUAAAGACAAAAUGGCUUCUAAACUUGAAGAGGAUCUCUGCUGUCCUGUGUGCUGUGACUUCUUCAAGGAUCCUGUCAUUUUGACCUGUGCUCACAGUGUGUGUAAAGCCUGUCUGCAGCAGUUCUGGGACACCAAAGGAUCCAGAGAAUGUCCCUACUGCAGGAGAAAGUGUUCAAAGGAAGCCCACCCUCCUAACAUGGCGUUAAGGAACCUGUGUGAGAGCUUCUUACAGGAGAGAAGUGAGAGAGCUUCAGCAGGGUCUGAGGUACUCUGCAGUCUGCACAGUGAGAAACUCAAGCUCUUCUGCCUGGAGGAUAAACAGCCUGUGUGUUUUGUGUGUCAGACCUCAAAGACACAUAAAAAUCACAGCUUCUGUCCUGUAGACGAAGCAGCACUGGACCGUAAGGAGCAGCUCAAGGUCAAACUGCAGCCCUUACAGGAGAAACUGAAGACCUUUGAGGAGGCUAAACUCAUCUGUGACCAAACAGCAGCUCAUAUUAAGACUCAGGCCCAGCACACAGAGAAGCAGAUCAAGGAGGAGUUUGAGGAUCUUCACCAGUUUCUACGAGAUGAAGAGGCAGCUAGGUUAGCUGCACAGAGGGAGGAAGAGGAGCAGAAGAGUCAGAUGAUGAAGGUGAAGAUGGAGAAGAUGAGCAGAGAGCUCUCAUCUCUUUCAGACACAAUCAGAGCCAUAGAAGAGGAGAUGGGAGCUGAUGACAUCACAUUCCUGCAGGAGAGGGUUUCAGGACCUCUGAUCAAUGUGGAAAAACACCUGGGCAACCUGAAGUUCAGAGUCUGGGAGAAAAUGCAGGAGAUUGUUCAAUACACUCCUGUGACUCUGGAUCCCAACACUGCACACCCAUGUCUCAUCCUGUCUAAGGAUCAGACCAGUGUGAGACUUAGUGAUGAGAGACAGCAGCUUCCUGAUAACCCAGAGAGAUUUGAUAAGUAUCACAGUGUCCUGGGCUCUGAGGGCUUUAACUCAGGGACACACUGCUGGGAUGUGGAGGUUGGAGAGAACACAUGGUGGGGUGUGGGUGUGAUGACAGAGUCUCUCCAGAGGAAGGGAACCUUUAACUCUAUCAGUGGACUGUUGUUUGCGUAUUAUAAAGAUGGUAAAUAUGGAGUAUGUUCUACAACACAGUCCUCCACUCGCCUCACAGUGAAGCAGAAACUCCAGAGGAUCAGAGUGCAGCUGGACUGGGACAGAGGAAAGCUGUCAUUUUCUGACCCUGAUAAUAACACACACCUACACAAUCUCACACACACUUUCACUAAAAGAGUGUUUCCAUUCUUGAAUGGCGGUAGGAUCUCUCCUUUGAGGAUCUUACCAGUGAAGGCCUCAGUAACAGUAGAGCAGUUCAGAUAGAGCUGAUGUAAUUUCCCUUUGUCAGGUUAAUGAUGACUUGCUGUUAAUAUGUUCCCAUUCAUUAUGAAUUCUGAAUGACUUGGUUCUAUGGUUAGUUGCCUUAAGAAUAUCCACAGGUGUCACAUGAUCUGAAGUCUGCUAAUAUUCC